AUGGUAUCUUCAUGGUGUUAUUUCAUUUUACCAGUAGUAUUAUUUAUUGGUUUACUUCGAAAAUGUCGUGAACGUACAUGGGGAAGAUGUAAAAAUACAGACAGUUUGGUAGGUCGAGUAUUUAUUGUAACAGGUGCUAAUUCCGGUAUUGGUAAAGAAACAGUAAAAGAAUUAGCUAAAAGAAAAGCUACAGUUAUUUUAGCCUGUAGAAAUAUACAAACUGCUCGAAAUGCUAUAUCUGAUAUACGCACUCAAAUAUCUACUGGAGAAUUGGUACCAAUGGAAUUAAAUUUGGCAUCAUUUUCAUCGAUAAAAGAAUUUGCUACAGAAGUAAUAAAAAAUUUUGCAGAGAUUCAUGUAUUAAUUAAUAAUGCUGGAGUAUAUGUUCCUUUCAAAGAACAAGCUUUAACUGAUGAUGGAUUUGAAAUUCAUUUUGGAGUAAAUCAUUUAGGUCACUUUUUGCUUACAAAUUUACUUUUGGAACAUUUAAAACAAAAUGGACCAAACAGAAUUGUUAUUGUGACAUCUAAACUUUUUGAAUCUGGAAUAAUUGAUUUUUCCAAUCUAAAUUGUGAAAAAGGAUUGGUAGUUAAAGGACGCAUGAAUCCUGCCUAUUGUAAUUCAAAAUUAGCAAAUACUUAUUUUGGUAUUGAACUUGCUAAACGAACAAAAGAUAAUGGUAUUAAUGUUUACAUGGUUUGUCCUGGAUUCACUUAUACUGGUUUAUUCAGAAAUGUUAAAAGGAGUUGGUUUCAUUACAUUAUUUUUUCACCUGUUGCUCUAUUAUUUUUACGUACUGCAAAUCAGGGUGCACAAACAGUAUUACAUUGUGCAAUAGAACCUUCCUUAUUUAAUGAGAGUGGUAAUAUUUACCGUGAUUGUAAACUUUAUAUUUCCAAAAAGGAAUUAGAUCCUAAUGUAGCAUUACGUUUAUGGGAUGUAAGUGCAAAACUCACUAGAAUUAAUGAAUUUCUAAAAUGAACAUUUUCAUUUAUUUUAUAUACAUUAAUUUACUUUUAAUAUCUCAGUGGCCAUUUAAUAUUUAUUUUUGUAUCUAAAGACUAUAAUAAUAUAUAACAAUAUAAUAAAAUAUAAUAUAAUAAAAUAAAAAAUUAUUGCCAUAAAUCUUAUAAGAAAUAGCAACAUAUUUUUGUUUGCAAUGUUAUAAAUAAAAAGAUCAUACUGUAUAAUUUUUUAAAAUACUAGGAUGUUGAAAAUGUUAUAAAUUUUAUUAAAUCCUUUUAAAAUACAAUAAAAUAAAAAAUAAAAAAUUUUUAUCAGUAAUAAUAAAA